AUGUCCAACAUUCAAAGAGUCGCCAUCAUCGGCUGUGGCUCUAUCGGUGCAUCGUGGGCUGCACUGUUCCUAGCCCAAGGUCUCACCGUCACCGCAUUCGACAUCAACCCUGCGGCGGAAACAUUCCUCCGUAAUCUUGUUGCCGAUGCCCUGCCGGUUCUUUCAUCGCUUGGACUGGUUAAGAACCUCCAAGCCAACGUCUCGGACAUUCUCUUCACGACCGACAUGCAAGAGGCACUCAACAACGCCGACUUCGUUCAAGAGAAUGGCCCGGAAAAGCUCGACUUCAAACAAAAGUUAUUCAACGACAUGGCCAGCAUCAUCCGUCCUGACACCAUCAUCGCUACAAGUAGCAGCGGUCUGACAUGCUCAAGCAUUCAAGACGGCAUGCAGGCAUCAAGUAGACCCGAGCGGUGCGUGGUCGGCCACCCAUUCAACCCACCACACCUCAUUCCGCUGGUCGAAGUUGUAGGGGGCAGACAAACAUCUGUUGCAACUGUGGAUAAGACCAUGGAGUUCUACGCGCAAAUGGGGAAGAAGCCUGUGCACGUCAAGAAAGAAGUCGUGGGACACGUUGCCAACCGUUUGCAAGCAGCACUAGUGAGGGAGGUCAUGUAUCUCCUUCAGGAGGACGUGGUCAAUGUUGAAGACAUUGACAACGCCAUGAGCUACGGUCCCGGUCUGCGGUGGGGCGUCAUGGGCCCAAGCUUGUUGUUGCAUCUGGGGGGCGGUGAGGGUGGUGUGAAGCACAUGGCGGACCAUUUACUGGGGCCUUUGAUGACCUGGUAUGCGCCCAAGGACCCUGAAGUUACUGAUGAAUUGAAGCAAAAGUGGGUGGAUGGUACAAUGCAAGGGGUUGCUGGGAGGGAAUAUCGGCAGCUGGCGAAGCAACGUGACGAGGAACUGGUGCGGUUGCUGAACAUUCGCAAAGAAUGGGACGGAUAUGCAGAGGCUCAGAAGAAGUCAUCUUAA